AUGUCGCGGAGUCAGUCGAGUCUAAGCUUGAGCCAGUUCGACGGCAUCAGGGAAGACAUGGCCUCGACAUCGGCUUCGCCCGCGCCCCAAACGGCCAAUUCGAAUUCGGGCCCAAUCAACCUGUCCGGACUGGUUUUCAACGUGCGUAGGACGACGGGGCGAGAACCGCGGGCGCUCGUGGGCGCCACAACCACCAUCCUGGGCGACAAGCUGUACGUGUUCGGAGGCCGUGUGCUGUCGCGAUCCAACCCGCAGCUCACCUCGGAUCUGUAUGAGCUGGAUCUCAUCCGAAGGCAUUGGACAAAAGUGGAAGCAUCAGGCGACAUUCCGCCGCCGCGCUACUUUCACAGCAUGUGCGCCGCUGGUGACACAAAGCUAGUAUGUUUCGGCGGUAUGUCGCCGGCUUCCGGCAGCGACGCGGUGCAAGCGAACAACAGCCAGAACGGCCAGCAAGACGCCCAGGCCGAGGUCAAGGUCAUGUCCGAUAUUCAUGUGUACGAUGUACUCUUGAGAUCAUGGACCCGCGUCACUCCCAAGGACUCGCCGCAGGGCCGCUACGCUCAUUGCGCCACGAUCUUGCCAUCCAGUACCUACUUCACCUCAGCCAAUGCCCCAUUGUCCGCCAUCCACAGGAAUCCGUCGUCGACAAAUCCGCACCAGGGCACCCUGGGCCCCGAGAUCGAUGGCAUUGGCGGCGCCGAAAUGGUCAUUGUCGGUGGCCAGGAUAGCUCGAACCACUACAUCGAGCAGAUCAGUGUGUUCAACCUUCGCAGUCUCAGGUGGACUUCGACCAGUCCCUUGGAUCGAAGCUGCGGUGCUUACCGCAGUGUUGUCGCCCCAUUGACAAACAUGAACACGUCUGACCUCGGAAUGGCGGCUGAGAAUGCAGAAGAAGCAGGCCCACCGAUCGAGAAUCCCGAGACGGGUUGUCCAAUGCUGAUCUAUUCCAACUACAACUUUCUAGACGUCAAGCUGGAGCUCCAAGUCCGACUACCAGACGGGAAUUUGGUGGAAAAGCCCAUGCUCGGCGACGCUUCUCCUCCGGGCUUGCGUUUCCCCAACGGCGGCAUCAUCAACAACCAUUUCGUGGUCAGCGGCACUUACCUCACCUCGUCAAAGCAGGAAUAUUCUCUAUGGGCGCUUGACCUGAAGACGCUCACCUGGAGCCGAAUCGAUGCCGGUGGAACAGUGUUUAGCAGCGGCAGUUGGAACAGAGGCGUUCUCUGGGAACGCCGAAACACGUUUGUUAUUCUGGGUAACCGCAAGCGAAGUUUGGUGGACGACUACAACCACCGCCGAAUCAAUUUCUCCCAUUUGUGUAUGGUCGAGCUAGAGGCUUUCGGGUUGUACAACAAUACCUGUCGCACGGCGCCAACUUCUGGGUAUGUCUCGGUCAGCGCACCGUCAGUCCCGGCCUCGUUGCAGCCGAAACUCGCUCGGCUCACAUCCGGCGGCCGGCCGUACUCUGCAGCUUCCGAUCAAUUGGGUAAAGUUUCAUUUUCUAUGCGCGAGAUGGCGGAUAUGGAUCUUCAGGCCUUGGGAGGAGAACGCAUUCCUGUAAACUCUCGCAUUCUGGCUCGCCGAUGGGGGCCUUUUUUCAUCCAACUCUUGCGUGAAUCGUCAGACCUUGGUAUCUCUGAUUCGGCCACGCUGCGUGGUGCUGGUGGUAGUGGAACGGGCCCAAGUCGCAACUCCAGCAUUACCAUCACGCCGUCUCUAGACUCGUCCAACGGCAGCUAUUCGAAUGCCAGCACGCUGGUCAGUGGGAGCAGCUUGCCAUCGUCGAAUUCUCGCCUUUUAUCCAAUCUAGAAGCCCCCUCGGCUCAUUCUAUUGCGCCAACGACACGACCCCGCGUGCUUUACCUACCACAUACGCUCCCGACAGUGCGACUUUUGGUCUACUAUCUCUAUACCUCUUCAUUACCCCCAGCGAACUCUCCGCUGUGUACACCACAUAUCCUCUGCUCUAUUUUGCAGCUGGCCCGGCCGUACCAAGUAGACGGCCUUUUAGAAGCAAGCAUUGAACGCUUACAUCAAGUCCUAGACGCACCCAAUGCUGCCGCCGUAUUCAACGCAGCCGCCAUGGCCGCCGGCGGUGGCCGAGGCACCGGGUUUGCCAGUAGCAUCGGCGGCACUCUAGAGAUGCUAAACGGAGCCCAGGACUCCAGCGAAUCCCUCGCGAGCGGACAGAGCGCAUCCGGUGGUGUCCAGAGCACACUCGCCUCCAACUCUUCCGACACAGAACAGGGCCGACACUCUCGAGUCGGAUCCACAUCGAAACACCCUCCUCUGCGCAUCAAUACGAGCAUGUCACGCUCGCGCAACGGCGAUUAUAAUAAUGACGAUUCGUUCAGCGAAUCCGGCACCAGCGCAUCAACCAACACGAGUUACAGCCAGACCGACUCGGACACAGAUGGACGACCACACUCUACUCGGCAUCGACGUGGCACCGACGCUGCCGAUCGCCAGAUCUGGACUGGCGAUGUUAGCAGCGUAAUUGGCUUGCAAAAGCGAGGUCUGCGCGGACUCAUGGAAGGACGCAGGAUGCGCGAGCGAAGUGGUGGGAAAUCCGGGGUUCCGGCAGCGCCAGCUAGUGUUGGAUCUGGCGAUGCGCAAUAA